GACGACGAUUCAGAAAAUGCAAAUGGCGAACGGUGGCGGAACGUAGUGAUUUUCUGCGCUGGAAAAGUUUUCGUACGAAAGUGCCCAUCGCGCGAUGUAUUAGCGGGAAAUUUCUGUGCCAAGUUCGGAAUCAAGUGUCCCGGCGUACCGGAAACGUGAAGUACACCGGAUUAGUGGCCACCAGCGGGGAGAAAACCCCGCGAUCGAAAAGCGCUGCUGUCCGUCAGUAGUUUGUGGGAACAAACUGUUUUUUCUUCGUUCCUGCGGGUGAAGAGUUUGUUGAAAAUUUUACAUCCCGAGUGUUGUCGAAGUGGUGCUGGAAAUUGGAUUGUUUUGUUGGUUCAAAAGCACUACAAAUUUGAGAAUAAGUUGAAGCCGAUGUGCGAAGUGAAAUAAUCGUGAAAAAAGUCACGAUUUGCAGAUCAGUAAAUUUUUUCGCGCUCCCCAAAGCCGCAGCCAGAGGAGGAAAAUAAAGCGUCCGCUCUCUACGUCGUUCCGUUGUUGAUCUCCACAACCAAUGAACAACCAUGAACGAUAUCAGUACCAACAAUAAAGAAACGGUUCUCCCCGGUCCUUCUGCCUGGGAGCAGCUCACAAAUCCAGCUUUAGCUGAACAACAUCAACAACAGCAACAGCAGCAGCAACAACAACAGCAACAACAUCUUCAACACCAACACCAUGUCUCUCACGUUGCGCCUCCACAACAUCUGCAUAAUCAACAACCCCAAGUGCAACAUGUGCUGCCACCCCAGCAACAGCAGCAGCAGCAGCAGCAACCGCAACAUCUCCAUCACCACCAGCAGCCCCAUUCGCAUCCUCAAAUGCAACAUCAUGGCCACCCUCAACAGGGACCUCCUCCUCUGCAGCACCCUAUGAUCCAAUCUCCCCAUCCGCAUCAAACUCCCCAACAUCAAGCCACGAGUCCAACGACGACCGCGGCUCCUCCAAUGACCCCAACUAAAACAACCCCUCCCGAUAUGUCACAUACACCCCAAACGGCGCCCGGACCGAAUCAAACUCCCGGACCAAGUUACUCGGAAGAACUUCACCCGGAGCUGGUCAACCAAGGUUGGCGCAAGUUUUGGUCCAAACGAGAGGGACGACCCUAUUUCUGGAACAAACUCACCGGUGAAUCUCUUUGGGAACCACCGAUGCUCAAUCGGGGUAACCAACAGUUUGAUCCGCUUACCGAUCCACUCGGUAUAUGCCAUACUGGCCAAAACGGACCUGCUCCUCAGCAGAACAACAACGCUCUCAAACGGAGAGCUUCGGAGGACACCCAAAACCAUCACCAGCAAGGAACUGGUGCCCCUCCACCUCUGAAGAAAUACAUUCUACCCGGACCAUGGGACUUGGAGAUCCCAACCAACGUUGUUAUGUAUGAUCGCAUUCCAACAAUGUAUCCCCACCCGUACCCGGAAGUGGAAGCGAUGCGAGGAGUCUUCGCCUUGCGGUUGUACAAAACAUACGAAGAUCUCUGCACCAAGCGAGAAGCUAUCAACCCUCCUUGUGGGUCCUUCAAUCGAUGGCUCAUGGAGCGCAAAAUAAUCGAUCGCGGGUGCGAUCCAAUGCUUCCGAGUGAUUGUCAACCAGAGAUCUCACAGCAAAUGUACAGAGAAAUCAUACGGGACAUUCCAAUCAAAAUCGUGAAGCCAAAGUACACUGGCGAUUCGCGAAAGCAACUGUCCAAGUAUUGCGAUGCGGCGAAAAAGAUUGUCGAAAGAACCUCGGCUUCGGUCGAAAGUAAGAAGGUGGUCAAAUGGAACGCAGAGGAGACGUACGAAUGGCUGCGAAAGACGGUGGGAGCGAGCUAUGAGGACUUCCAAGAUCGAUUGCAACACCUUCGGCGACAAUGCGAACCGCACAUCAUCGAAACGGUUCGGAACAGUGUGGAGACACUGUGUUUCAAGAUCUAUUCCCUGUCGAAACAGCACGUGAAGGCGAUAAGGGAUAGGCACAGUCAGAUAUUGAAAGAAAGUGGCAUACAGGAGCUGACGCAACCCCUGCAGCCUCCACUGAUGCGGAAGGUGUGGUGCUACCCAAUCCAGUUCGCCAUUCCAUCGCCUCGGAUGCCCCAGAUUGACUACAAUACCGAUCGCGACCAUAUGACCAUCAAGUACACGCAUGCCUCCAUUCAUGGGUCGGACACGCACACGAUCAACAGUUCUCAUUUGCAGAAGUUGGAACAACUGUAUCGGUAUAACUGUUUCGACGAUAAAAAGUUUGAUUUCUUCAUUGGACGAGUCUACUGCAUGCUGAAGCGGUACUCGACGUUUCUGUGCAAUGUGAGUCCGAACCAACAGGAGCCGGAGCUCACCCAGGCCGCCCUUCCAGCUGUGGUUUUCGAGUGUCUUCAUCAGCACUUCGGUGUGACGUUCGAAUGUUUUGCGAGCCCCCUGAAUUGCUACUUCCGACAGUACUGUUCUGCCUUCGGCGAUACGGAUUCCUACUUUGGCUCGCGGGGAUCUUUCCUGGAGUUCAAACCCGUUUCCGGAUCGUUCCAGGUGAAUCCACCCUACUGCGAAGAGCUGAUCGAUGCCACGCUGCAGCAUAUUGACCGAUUGCUGACGGAUUCCACGGAUCCGCUGAGUUUUAUCGUGUUUCUGCAAGAAUGGAAGGAUCCGCCGUUGCAAUGUCUGUCCAAAAUAGAGGAUAGCCAUUUCAAGCGAAAGCAAGUAGUAGUGAUGGGGAUGGAGCACGAAUAUCGUCAUGGAUUACAACACUGUAUACCGAGGUCGGAUGUCAAUUUCAAGAGCAUCCACGGCACCAUGGUGGUAUGGUUGCAGAACAACGCCGGAUUCCAACGGUGGGGACCAACCGAAACCCGGGUGGAUGCUCUGCUGGAAGCCUUUCGACCCGGACGAGAGCGCGAACGAGACAAAGUUGUACCUGCUAGCACUGGGACAGCUACGGCCAGCAGUCCUCCAGAGGCACCGGCCAACAGUGAACCCGGUUCCACCACUCCCAAGACCCCGCAACAGACUCCGCCGGUUUAAAAUCGAAUUUCUUCUUAUGCUGAACACACUUUAAUAGUCGAACUGCACUGCAUUAGAACAAAAUAGCACUUAGACGAAAAUAUCAAUGUAUCCAGUCAGAUUCACCCAGUUUUACUCUGCACCAGUAACAAGAUUAAACACAAGAAAAUAGCGACAAAUAAUGAGCAGCUUGUUAUUCACUGUAGGAAGAAUAAACUAACAUGUUUACGAUUUCGCGAGAGGCUGCACCAAGGAAUUUUAAAUCCAAAUCAGUUCAGUCUGGAAAUUGUAUUUUAGUCCUGAGCGUAAAAUAGCAAAAUCAAAACACACAACCCCAACUAGUGGAUAAUCCUUAAAUCUAAUAUCGUUCGUACGUCGUAUACAUAUUAGUCUAAUCUCAAAAGAGGAAAUCGAUUCUCGUGCUCUUAAUUGUUGAUUCUUUUUAAAAGUCGGAACUAUUGUGCGUGCCCAAGAAGAAGGCAAAUUAGAAAACUCUCUUCUCAUCAGCUGUAUCAUAGGUUAGUAACGUCUAGGUGGCAAAACGCUAUUGUAUAUGUAUUUAAAAAACACAAACUUAGGGAAAAUGACAUUGUGUGUAGAAGACCGCCCCUUCCGUGAUGUGGUGCACAAUCUUGACGGAAAAUCAAACUUGAACGAAGUCAGAUGCAGCGAUUGGCCUGCAAGUAGGUAUGUGUGUGUAAUUGUAUGGUGUUUAGAAGAAAGGAGAUUACUUUUCGAUCUGCGAAGGGUGGUCGUUUGCAAGAGUCCUAUUAUAUAGAUGUGGCAAUUUGUUAUUUGUUUUCAAAACAUUGUGGAGAUUUUUUAAUAUUAUUUUGAGGUCUUUAUUUUAUAUUAAAAUAUUAGCUCGCGGUUACGCGGAUAUAUUUUGUUUGUUUAGUGACGGCGACCGAUAAUAGGUGUAGUAAAUUAAGAAAGUAAUAUAGAAGAAAAAGAACGAAGAGCACACAGCCCAACGCCCGACCAAGUGACAGCAGAAAAUCAGAAUCCUUAAAGCUAGUAGUUCUCAAACGAAAACUCGGUUAUCUUUGUUCUCGAUUUCAGGAAUUAUUUUCUAAUGGUUUUUCGAUGUAGUAAUAGGCGUACACUGUUAAGACAUUAUUUGAUGUACAAAGCUAUAAACCAUAAUAAUGUGGACAUUAUUCGGAAGUUAAGAAAAUAUAUUAAAAAUAUCGAAAAUAAAA